AUGCUCCCUCCGACGAGCGUCGCCGCGGGUUCGGCGACAGCGACGAGCGAUGCGCCCACUCCGACAUCGACGAGCAUCAUCCCGCCGUACGGGAGCGCACAGUGGAAUUCUCUUAUUGGCAUCAUCACGGCCAUCGUCGGCAAUGUCCUCAUAUCCUUCGCGUUGAACACGCAGAGAUAUGCGCAUAUACGGCUGGAGCGCGAGUGGCAGCAAAAGGAGAGGCAGCGGAAGAGGCGGAGUGCUAGCUAUCGCAGCUUGAGCGGGGCGAAGCAGUAUAGGGACGAGCCCCAGGGCGACGAUGCAGCGAACGAGGAGGAUCCGCUGCUGCCUGCGUCGCCGAGGAACAGCACUGGAGGCUCGGGGUCGCUGUCGCCGGUCGAGGAGGAGGGCGUUCUGGCGGAGCCGGCAUACAAGCAGAAGAGCUAUCUCAAGUCGCCGUACUGGUGGGCAGGCAUCAUCAUGAUGACCUGCGGCGAAGCGGGCAACUUCCUGGCGUACGGUUUCGCGCCCGCAUCCAUCGUCUCGCCGCUCGGUGUGGUCGCGCUGAUCUCCAACUGCAUCAUCGCGCCCUUCAUGCUGAAGGAGCCCUUCCGGGCGCGAGAUGCUCUCGGAGUGCUGGUCGCUGUCGGAGGAGCCGUCACGGUGGUUCUGAGCGCGAGCGAUAACAACCCCAAGCUGGGCCCGGAUGAGAUCUGGAGCUUGAUCAGUACUUGGGAAUUCGAGACGUACUUUGGGAUAACCGUCGGUAUCAUCAUCGCUUUGGUGUUUGCGAGCAACCGCUAUGGAGACAAGAACAUCUUGAUUGACUUGGGGCUGGUCGGCCUAUUUGGUGGCUACACGGCGCUCUCCACCAAAGGCGUGGCGUCCAUGCUCUCGUACACGCUCUGGCGCGCCAUUACCUUUCCCGUCACGUACCUUCUUGUUGCUAUUUUGGUCGGCACUGCGAUCAUGCAGAUCAAGUACAUCAACAGGGCUCUCCAGCGCUUCGAUGCGACCCAGGUCAUCCCUGUGCAGUUCGUCCUCUUCACUUUGUCCGUCAUCUUGGGUUCGGCCAUCUUGUAUAGGGACUUCGAGCGCACAUCAGCAGACGAUGCGGGCAAAUUCGUGGGCGGAUGCGCGUUGACUUUUGCGGGUGUAUGGUUGAUUACGAACGGAAGGCCCAAACGAUCCGAU